CGGGUGACCGGCUCAGUCGUCUCUAUCUGGUUCACUGUAUCACGUUGUCAGUGUGUUAGCAGUGCCGGUCUGCUCGAAAAGAUCGCGACCGUAUUUCGAUAUUGUUUAUUUUCAAUACUCGCCGCUGCUAAUCUCGGCGCAUCAGCCGCAGUUGAAAAAUAUUAUCGACGUUCAAACAUAUAAUAAUAACAAUACUUAAAAAAUACUCUGUCGUCGGCCGAAUUGAAUUCGCGCUCUCCCCGGCCCUCGUUUUGUUCUCGCGCCGGCAACGACGACCGCGUUUAAUAAAUUGCGCGCAAUCGUUUCGGUCGCAUCGUUCGCUCGCACACCAAUCACACCGUCAACACCCAUCGUCGACCGGCGUUUCCGAUGGUGGAGGGUCUCGUUUGAUGAAUUAAUCGAACGCCGAGCGAAUGGUGUGUGUUCGUACAGCGACGGAGUGACGGCCGAAAUCUCGCCGUGAAGACAGCGAAAACGCGCGAGCACCACGACGACCGCAACACGACGUCGACGACCGUUGCCGCCGUCGCCAGCACGAUGAUCAUAUCCAAGGAUCUGUUCUUGUUGGGCGAUCAAGACUACCUGCGUCUGCCCAAAGACGACAAGAGGUCCAGGAACACGAACAAAACGCUCAGAUUGGAGAACGGCGUUAACGUACAGGAACCGCCGGGAUGUAUGCACCCGUUACCGGCCCAUCGGCCGAUCGAGCUGACAUUUACAAACCUGACUGUGACAUUGGACGACAAGAGACAGGUACUGAAAGACGUCAGCGGUCUCGUGAAACCCGGAGAAGUGUUGGCCGUCAUGGGACCCUCGGGUUGCGGCAAAACCACUUUGCUGAAUUGUUUGUCAGGUCGAACCAAAUUGGACUCCGGGUGUAUUCAUCUCAACCGUGAGCGUCUGAAUAAACGGUGCAAAAGGCGUAUCUGUUAUGUGCUACAACAAGACAUCUUUUUCCCCGACUUAACCCUGAGGCAAACACUCGAAUAUGCGGCUCUACUCAGACUACCCGAUUCGUUAUCCCGAAGCCAGAAAAUGCAAUAUGUUGAUCAUAUCAUUGACGUACUCGACUUAAACAACUGCCAAGAUACGAUCAUUGGAGAUUACAUAAAACGCGGCCUGUCCGGUGGCGAAAAGAAACGAGCAAAUAUAGCAUGUGAACUAUUAACCAAUCCUGCCUUAAUGCUCCUAGAUGAACCCACUACAGGACUGGAUUCUCAUUCGGCGUACAGUUUAAUGUCAUCUCUAAAAAAAUAUGCGGAAAAAGAAGGCAAAACUAUCGUCGUCACUGUUCAUCAACCUUCAUCGCAAAUAUUCCACAUGUUCGACAAACUGCUUUUAAUCUGCAACGGACAGACUGCAUACUUCGGAGACAUUGAUAAAGUGGUCAGUUUUUUUAGUGGUAUUGGCAUGACAAUAGCGCCGCAUUACAAUCCAGCAGAUUUCAUUUUGGAACAAGUGAAAGGCCCAGAGGAUAUGAAGCAAAAAAUCAUAGCUGCUGCAAAAAUAGCCCGGGAAAACUAUUAUAAUCAAGAGCUAUUGCACUUGAGUUGUGCCUGUGACAAGUAUCUGAAUAACUAUCGUCACAACCACAAUCAUCACAGCAAUGAUAAUUAUAAUUGCCAAUGGCCAAUAAACACAACCAGCGGUCACAUCUGUACAGCGUUUAGUGAUUCGUCUACGGAUAGCAACGAAAAAUGUUACACUGCUAUUACAGUGAAUGAGGACGAAGCGAGAACAUUAUGGCUGGACAGUCAAAGCCACUCUUCUACAUCCACUUCUGAUGAAGAUUUUACUUGGCAAUGGCCAACAAGUUUUUGGACUCAAUUCAAAGUUUUAAGCCAGAGAAAUUUUCAAGAAGCCCGUCCACGCAUGUUAAGCACAUUGAAUUGGGUGCAGACCGUGGCGCUUGGAUUUUUAGCAGGAUUUCUUUGGUUUCAACUUCCCCGAACAGAAGAGUCUUUACAUAACAUACAGGGUUGGAUGUUUUUUUCAACUACUUAUUGGAUGCUAUUUGCUCAUUUUGGCACUUUAUCAUCUUUUCCGCCCGAACGAGAAGUAAUCAAUAAAGAAAGACAAAGUGGAGCGUAUCGUUUGAGUGCAUAUUAUCUGGCAAAAAUGGUCGGCGAAUUGCCACUAACAAUAACCUUGCCAGCUGUCUAUCAUCUGAUCUCUUAUCCAAUGCUCGGCAUGCAUAGUUUUAGCACAUUCUUUAUUUUACUAUUAUUUCUUCUGUUGAAUACCAUUGUUGCUCAGAGUGUGGGAUUUUUUGUUGGAGCUUUUUGUAUGGAUAUGCAAGUUUCAAUAACCAUAAGUGCCCUUUAUACAUUAGCGACUCAGUUAUUCGGUGGCUACUUGGCAACCAAUAUUCCUAGCUGGCUACAAUGGAUGCAGUAUCUUAGUAUGGUUCAUUAUGCGUACCAAAAUAUGCAAAUAGUCGAAUUUGGCGGCGAUGCAGAACCGAUUAGAUGUGCAGCACAAUCCAAAUACUCAGUAUGUACGUCAAAUUCUACAUUUAUACCGGCAUCAUAUAUCGUUAAUGCCCAAGGUGCUUCUUUUCCUUUGUGGCUGAAUACUCUGAUUUUGAUCGCCUUCCUUGUCGUGUUCAGAUUGUUAGGUUAUUUAGUGUUGCGUUUUAUUCGGAGACCAAAGUGAAUACCUACAUUGUUGUUGGCUGUGAGCGAUUAAAUUUUUUAAAUAUUAAUCGUUUUAUAAAACAAAAUAUGGCUGUGUCAUUUUAGACAUUAUAAUAUUUUUUAUCUCGUUAUAAAUAUUAAACUUAGAGACUCGUUUUUCAACUAAAAAACCCCGAACUCAUUUCCUAACACUAAAAUUUGGUGCUUGUACCUUUUUUUGAUCGGAUUUCGGGAACAGUGGUGAGAUGUGAUGCACAUAUUUACCGCUCUGUUUUGAUUUUUUUUACUAUGUUGUAAUAAUGUUUUUAAAUAUUGCAUGGAAAUUAUUUUAAGACUUUAAUUACCUAUUUUUUAGUUUUUAAAAAUCAAUGUAAAAUUAUUGUUUUAUUGAGUCGAACGUACAGAUGAUGUUUGUCGCAUAUACCUCUGAAAUUUUUUUGUUAUACUGUUCGCACAGAUUUUUGUUACUACUUAGAUAAAAAAAAAUCACAUUUUUAAUUUUUAGUUUAAAAAUGCUUUAUUAAUUUUAAUUGAAUCACUAUUCACCAUUAUUUUUAU